ACAUUUAUGCACACAUCCACCCUCUUCACACCUCCAUUUCUCCACUCUCCAAAUUCUCCUGCAACCUCCUCCAUUUCUCCCCCAAAUCCUGCAAUUCAAGAAAUCUUGUUAAAAGGAUUACCCUAAAUCUCUUCCCAUCAAAAAGGGAUCAUCAAUUAUGCCAAGCAGGUUGCAGAAAGCCAUUGGAGCAGUGAAAGAUCAAACCAGCAUUCAUCUAGCCAAAAUCAACAACCAUACUUCAUCCCAUCUCCAGGUUGCUGUCCUUAAAGCCACCACACACGACGAUUCCCCCGUCGAUCAGCGCUACGUCUAUCAAAUUCUUCACUUGAUCGCCUCCGACAAGAUCUAUGCAGCCGCCUGUGCUCGAGCCAUUGCCAAAAGGAUCACUCGAACCCGUAAUUGGGUCGUUGCCCUCAAGUCGUUGAUGCUUGUGCUACAAAUCUUUGAAGAUGGUGAUCCUUACUUUCCUAGAGAACUUCUUCAUGCAACCAAAAGGGGUUCUAGGCUUUUGAAUCUCUCGGAUUUCUGUCAUGAUUCGAGUUCGAAUUGGGAUUACACCGCAUUCGUUCGGACGUUUGGCUUGUAUCUGGACGAGCGGUUGGAUUGUUUUCUAACGGGAAAGCUUCAAAGGAGAUAUACGUAUAAUGAGAGAGAAGGUUCUCGUAGCUUUCGAGGACGGACUAAUGAAUCCUUUCGUGAGAUGAAACCUUUGAUGCUGGUUGAUAGGAUUGUUCAUCGGCAGCGACUGCUCGGACGAGCAGUCGCUACACGACCAACCGGUGGAGCGAAAGAUCACUGGUUGGUUAAGAUAGCGUUGUAUGCGGUUGUUAGGGAGAGUUUUGAUUUGUACAAAGAUAUUUCGGACGGGUUGGCUCUUCUGCUCGAUAACUUUUUCCAUUUGCCAGACGAAGCUUGUGUUGGAGCCUUUCGGAUUUGCGUAAAGGCUGCAAAGCAGUUCAAAGAACUCGACAAGUUCUAUUCCACGUGUAAAACCAUCAGUAUCGGGAGAAAUUUGGUGUACCCGACUGUCCAGACCAUAUCGGGAGAGUUGAUUGAAACCCUCGAAGAGUUUUUGAACGAGAAAUCAUUUUUCCCGUUGCAAACACGGAUUCCCAGCAAGCUGUUGGUUCUCCCGGGGAACGGAUUGUCAUCAAGACGCCACAAAAGUCAUGGAGAAAAAUCCCAGUUCUCAGGGUUCAGUUCGUCUACAGAGAGGAUUUCGGAUCAAACUUCUGAAUCUGAGUCGGAGAGCAAAUCUGGAGAGGAUUUGAACACUACCACAAACACGAGCACAAACUCGAUGGUCGACCUUCUUUCACUGGAUGAUUGGCCAGCUAACGAUGUACCAAAUUUGAGCAUGGCAAAUUCCCGUUCUGGUAACGGCUGGGAGUUGAUUCUACCCGAGAAUGUAACGCCAUCAUCACAUACUGAAUUUGACGGUCUUGAAGCUUCCGGAAAUCAGCAUAAAGAACCUCAUUCCGGUGACGGUUGGGAGCUUAUCCUACCACAGACACCAACCCAGUAUCAAACAGACAUUUCGUCGAACACCUUUCAUGCAUCUCCUACAACCGCAUUUCUUCAGCCUCAACUUCCACCCAUAAAUCAUUACAACCCGUUUUUACAAGAUCCACAGGACAUUCCAGCGACCAACUCCAAUUCGGCAUCAGGUUUUGAAGCAAGUUUUCCGGGAAAUGGUCCCUACUUAAGAAGCACAAAUUCUCCGGCAACCAUACCUGCAUAUUGGGAAGGAAAUCAAACAGAAGUAGUGAAUGACCCUUUCACAGUAAACAACCCCUUCGCACAGGAUACGAGAAACAGAGAUCCGUGUAAUGGCAUGGCGAAUCAACAAAAUUUGAUACAGCAGCACCAGCUAUGGCUGCAAAACCAGGAGAAAAUCAUAGCUAGACAUACAGUAAGCGUUUGA